AUGAAGAAGAUUUUUUCAAUUUUAAUUCUUCAUUUAUUGGUGGAUAGUUCGAGGGGCGUAACUUGCAAGAAGCUUUCGUACCAGACCUUAGUGUCUAACUGUUUGGACGAUAUUAUUAAGAACCAAUUCAAAGCCACUCGAACCGCUCUGGUGACGAUAUUAGUAGGAAAUUUGGAGUCCCCUUCGGGGGAAAUACUCGACAAAAUAUUAAUAAAACUCCAGACAUCGUCUCCGUUGUUUAUUUACGCCACGAUCACGGGGGAUUUGGACGUGGAGGAUUACAACGAGAAUAUUUCGCAGAAGUUCGACACGGAAUUUUAUUUGAUCGUGUUGGACGACGAUUGCCGAGUGGAAGACGUUUUGGGUAAUAUCAAAAUGACGCAAACUUUCAAUCCGUACGCGAUGUGUUUGAUUUACUUGGAAACCGAUGCCGAAAAUAAGGAGGAUCGCGUUAGAGAUAUUCUCGAUAUGUUUUUUAGAGCUCGGUUUCGAUCGACUGCUGUUUUGGUACACGAAAAUCAGAGUUUAUUUAAUUUGUUUACAUUUAAUUUUACGUCUUUCGUUAAGGAGACUUGCGAGGCGCCUAAUACUUUGAAUUUGGUCGAUCGGUGUGUACGUGGAAAAAUGUUGAACAAUUCCAAGACUUAUUUCGAAAAAAUACACAUCACGGAUUUUUCUAAUUGCAGUUUGAAUAUUGUGACGAAACCGUAUCCCCCGUUCGUUAUAAACGAUAAACGCGGUUUCGAAAUCGAUUUACUUAAAAUAAUUGGUGAAAAUUUGAACGUCCGUUUCCGUAUAAACGUACACGAAGACGAAAACUGGCGGGAAUCAACGAAUAAUACACGAGAAGGUUUAAUAAAUUACGUCCUUGAAAAGAAAUACCUCGGAAUAGGAAACAUCGGUAUUGGAAAUAUACUAGAUAACGAAUUGGAAUUUUCUUAUAGUUAUCAUUUAGAACCGAUAGUAUUCGUCGUACCCAUAGCACGAGAUAUACCAAGAUGGCGGAUACUGACAGUUAUAUUUACGACGCAGAUGUGGGGGAUAUGCAUAGCAACAAUCGUAGUUUUCGGUUGCGGUUUCUGUUUAAAUAAAAAACACGAAAAUUAUAAUAAUCCAUUUUUAACAUCGUUUCAAAUAAGUAUAACGCAACCGGUACAUGUAUUUCCAAAAAACGAUAUAAAUAGAAUACUAUUCGCAGCACUUAGUGUUCUAAGUAUAAUGUUAACUUCAGCCUAUACUUGUACUUUGAUAAAAGAUCUGAAAAAUCCCAUGAAAGAACAUCAAAUAUCUAAAAACAAAGAAAUACUACAAUUAUCCGAAACUUUACGGUACAAAUUCGGCGGUGAAUCGAUUUACAAACAACUAUUCGAUAAAGAAAUAAUCGAAACUAAUUAUCAAACGAUGUCUGGCGUGAAUGAUACUACGAAAUAUUGGAUAAAAGAAGUAGCAGAAAAAAAAAUUCUAUGGACUUUGUCGAGUGCACAUUAUGUUAGAUAUUUAAUAGCUAUAAACAGUGACGUUACAAAUAAAGGUGACGACCAACCGAAAGUAUACGUUGCCAAAUUUCAUUUCAGUUCGUACCCUUUGAGUAUAGUAGCUAGAAAAGGACAUUUCAUGCUCAAUUCCAUCAACGAAGUUGUAAAAAAAAUGCUCGUCAGUGGAUUAGUCGAUUUUUCGUGGAGGAAAUACGAAAGAAAAAUACUAGAAGAAGAAUCUCGCGAUUCACGUAUAGAUACGGUUCCUUGUGAACCUUUAUCUAUACAACAUUUACAAGGAGCUUUCGUCGUACUUGUUUUUGGGUAUAUUUUCGGUGUAUUGAUGCUUGUAGUCGAAGUGUUUAUCAAAAAAAUAAAGCUUCACAACAAGAUUGUCGGUAUAAGAAAAAGUAUAAUUAAGAAAAUCCUCAAAAAAAAUAAAUAGAACGUAUAAAAGAGUCAAAAUGUUUCUUAAAUCAUUUAUAAUUGUGGACCAGUUGGCAACGUUGUAAAUAAAGUGUCUGUACAAUCUCCAUAGGCGUAACAUAUUAUAAUUAUGUUUAUUUAAAAAAAUAAAUUUAGUAAUACGUUAAAACAUGUGACAAAAAUAAACUAUUAACAAAAAACAUGAUAUUCCUUAUUCAAAAUUGUUUUCAGCAUGUAUCAUAACUAUUUCUUUAAAUCUAUUUAGUCAGUUCUUUGUUGAUGGUGACAUGCUGUCACAGAGUUUUCGAUGUUUUUGAACAUGCUGUCUACUUCCAUAUAACCCAAUAUAUUGUGAUUACUUGAAAGUCACUUUAAAUAAUGCUUUUAACUUUGUUUUCAAUUUUUUUCAUUGCUGUACGUAAUUAAAUAUAAGAUAAUAUCAUUAUUUAUUCAUAAAAACGUACUAUUUUAGUUUAUA